UUAGAGUAAGAUGCUUUUGUAAAAUGUGACUGAUCUGACUGCAGUACAGAGCCUGUGCGUAUGUCCUGUACUGUGACGGUAACUCAGAGGAGUGUUUAUUAUUUCUUCACUUCUCUUUGGGGGAAUGCCCAAAACAAUUAUUAACUGAACUGAAACGCUUCCCUCUGUCAGUCUCUGUGAUUUAAUUCCUGACAACAUGUGUGUGAGAAAUCUUGGAUUUAUUCUCCUGGUUUGGAUUCCACAAGUGCUGAAUGCACAAAGUGCAGUCCAGCCCUGUCCUGCUCCCCGUCUGAGUGGAGGUUAUUUUGUGCCAGAGCAAGAAUCUUACCCUCAUGAAACAACGCUCACUUACGCCUGUGAUAACGGACAUAAGCCCGCAGUGGAGGGCUGGUGGGCGACAAGCUACUGUGAAAAUGGCAAUUGGUUUCCUACACCACAAUGUAUAGAUGAAAAUGCAUGUGUGCCACUGACUAUCCCAAAUGCAAACUACGUUGCAAGCACGAAUGGUUGGUAUGAGAAGGAUGACAAAAUCUGGGUAACAUGUGACGAAGGAUAUGAACACAAAGACCAUGACGCCACAGCGAAAUGUAUCAACGGAACAUGGUCCUCUGUGCCAAUCUGUGAAAAGAGUGCCGAAGCCUGUGGUGAGCCCCUUAAAAUCCCCCAUGCAGUCAUCAUUCAUCAGGGAUAUCAGGAGUUGUUUGAAGCAGAUUCUCAGGUUCAGUAUGAAUGUGAGGAUGGAUAUACUGCAGAGAGAGCAGACACCAAAACAGUCAUUUGCAUCUCAGGAAACUGGACUGAAGGCCCAACAUGCAACAGAAGAACCACACCGAGUACUGGACAUGGUGGUUCUGCAGGAUCCUCUCGCAUCUCCAAACCGGAUAAAGAAAUUGUGAGGCAAGUCACAACAGUCAACAACUGUGGAACUCCCCCCGCAAUUGUUAACGGUGACUUCGUGACAAACAAUGGAAGGUUUUUGGAGUACCAAUGUGCUGCUUAUUACAAACGAGUGGGUCUGAAGACUGUGAGAUGUUACAGUGAUGGCACCUGGACCAAAGCACCCACCUGCAAACCCACCUUCUGUGUUGUGCGCACCGCUGCAUUUUCUCACUUAAAACCAGCUGGAACCAAAUAUAUAUAUGAUCGUGAAACAGAAAAAUUGGAAUGUUCCAGGGCUGGCACGUUCUUCAAUCAUUAUUCUGAAACCCGAUGCACCAGUGGAAAAAUUACGUUUUCCGAAUGUUGCAAUUCGGCUAAAAUAGGAAUGCAUCUCUGCAAUGAUCUAUUGCCAAUGGGAAUGUAAUGCUGCCCCUGGAUUGGCUCUCAACCCACUGAAACAUUCUGGAAACUGAUGAGGGUUGUGAUUGUGACACAAUUUGUGUUUUUUAGAAAAUAUGUCUGGCUUUUCAUAUCGAUCUGUGAAUGCCUCACUACUGUAGGAGGAAUGUCUGUUUGCUUAAAGGAGCAAAAAUAACUCAACAAAUGGAGUGUGUAUUUCCUCAAGAGGUUUAAAUAAAGUAUCCAUCUUCAA